AUGCUCCUGAGGGAAUUCUUGACGCUGCGCGUUGCUCCACUUCAGGCGCGUGCGCGCCCUUUGUGGAGGCUUGGAGAUGAAGAGGACAAGAUUCCCCUGAGCUCGGAGGCCUUGCCCGACAAUGAGCUGUCUGUAGUUUUGCGCCUCUUGGUUGGGGACAACCAAGAGUACCCGCCGAGCGCCUUCAUUCCCUUGUUCCACUGCAAGGACUGGGAGCAGAUCGUGGCUUCCAGGCCGACCUUUGACGGCCGCAGGCUGGUGCCGCCGGCGCCUACCGGGGCCCCUGUGGUGCCGAAACCGGUGGAUCUGUCUUCUGACGAAUCCCGCGGGAAGGAAGAAGGGGAGGAGGACUCGGAGGAGACCCCUGAGGAUAUGGGAGAAACCUCCCCCUUGAUCUUGGAGCGUGCCCUUUCAGAGAUGGCCCAGCUGCGAGAAGAUCUCCGGAGCGCGGAUCCGCGCCUGGUGGUCGGGCGCCUGGAGCUAGCAUCCAGCUGGCUUCAAUCUAACAUGGCAGUCCGAGCGACGCUGAACCAGGCCGCAACAGCCUCCGAGAAGGAGAAGCGAGCCGCCGCGCAGGCUGCGGCCGAUCGCGAGGCGGCGCUGAAGGACGCCAAGGCCGCCCACGACCGCUGCCGGGCGUUGGAGAAAGAGCUGAAGGGCAUGCGUGAUGAGCACACAGAAGAAGCUCGAGGCCGCCGGGUGAAGGAGGAGGAGAUGAGGGCUCGGGAGGAUGCCAUCAAGAACCACGACGCCGAGCUGGGGGAGCUGGAGAAGACGCAAGCCGCUGAACGCGGCCGGCUGGAGGAGCUGGAGCGGAAGGUGGAGGCGGAGAAGGUCGAUCUUGAGGCCAAGGCGAAGGUCAUGGCUGAAGACCGUGUGGCCUUCUCGCUCCUUGAGUAG